GUUCCCUUGUGCGCUCUUACAUGUUAUUGCCAAAAAUGAAAUUAAUGUUAGAAAGAGAUAUUAACGUGUUUGAUCUUUUAAUACUUAGUAUGAAAGAUUCUCCGAGGAAUGACUGUGAUCACCAUGUAAAUAAGCAAAUGGGAGCGUACGUAAGCGCUACCACUACUCGUUUUAAAAACCGACUCUUAGAAAGUGCAAAGGAAAGCAUACCAAAACGCGUGGCAGAAAUUGAAUGA